CUCGAGCAACCGUAUUUUUUCUCAUUUUAAAAUUUACGCAGAAGAAACGCUUCUUAUAUGGAACCAAGUUCAAAUUAUCAUGGUGUGGAUUGUGUAACCUCAUUAGGCUAAUAUUGGAAACAUUCACCUCACUCUCUCUCUUCAUAAGCAGUAUUAACAGUUCGACACAACGAAACAGUUCGCGGAAACCAGUUGUUGUCUUUAAAUAAAUAUGUACCGUAAAUGUAGAUGUUUAAAAUGAGUAAUCAUCCUAAUUUCCGAGCAAUUCAUCAUCAAACUUUGGCAGAAAUUCCAAUAUGCCUGGGCGAAUUCUCAAUGGGAAUUGCAUUCGGAUGGUUGGCACCAAUGAUCAGAGAUAUUUUAGACGAUCCAAAAAGCGAAAUUUCAGCAAACGAAGAUCAAUGUUCUUGGCUGGCCAGUUUACUCGAAUUCGGCAGAGCAUUCAGCCCUCUACUGACACUCUUACUAUUGGACAUAUUAGGACGAAAAAUCAUGCUGCAAAUCUCUUCCACGAUAUUCUUCGCCAUUUGGCUCAUCAUCACAUUUACUCGUUCCAUUGUGACCUUAUGCGUAACCUUUUUCUUUUUCGGAUUAGGAAUCGGCAUAUUCAACGCUGCCUCAGCAGUUUACAUAGGUGAGAAUAGUUCGCCAAAUCUUCGAGGUAUUUUUUGCAGUGCUUGCACAACAGCUUUCUAUAUAAGUGCAUUGAUCCAGUACAUAAUAUCGGGUUAUUUACCAUACCGGGUUCUCGCCAUAACUAAUCUAAUAAUGGCAUUAGUCUGUUUGACGAGUACACUGCUGUACGUCGAAUCCGCUCAAUUCCUCAUAUUGAGAGGACGUUUCGAGAAAGCAGAAAAAAACAUGAUGUGGUUAAAGGGUACCGUCGACAAAGAAGAUAUUGCAACCGAGUUUGAAGCUAUCAAAGCGAAUAUCGAGUCCGAAAAAGAAAAGAAGACGUCUUACAAAGAGUUGCUCAAAGCACCAGCCAAUUAUAAAAGCUUGCUUAUAGUUUUGAUUCUUAAUAUGGCUCACGCGUCCACAGGAAACGCUGCUCUGUUCACGUAUAUCUCGAUAAUAUUCCCACCGAAUAAAUUUUUCACCUGGUAUCAAGUAACGGUGUAUUUUGGAAUCUCUCAAAUGACUUUCAGCCUACUAGCUUCUGUGGUGAUUGAGAAAUACAAUCGUAGGACUUUGACGUUGUUUUCGUUCACCAUGUUUUUAUUAUGCCAUUCGACGGCAGCUUAUUUCUUUUACGAUGCAGACCAUAAUUCUUCGCCGAUUCGUUUUGGUGUAUGGGUGAUAUUCGGCUCGGUUUGUACUUUUUCUGGAUGCAGUGCUGUAUUGGAUUCGGUGAUGCAUAUGCUUAGAGGGGAAUUAUUUCCACAAAGCAUUAAACCAAUAGGAACUGGUUUAACUGUAGUGGCCCGUUCUUUAAUGGAAUUCGUGACUAUAAAAAUAUUUUUAAUGAUCAGAUCGCAAUAUGGAACUUACGCAAAUUUUAUUGCAUACGCUGCGAUAAGUUUAAUAUCGGUUUUGUUCUGUUAUUUCGUACUUCCAGAAACUAGAGGGAAAACGUUAAUUGAGAUUCAAAAUUCGUUGGAAAGACAAACGCCAAAUACUAGUUCUCAAAAUGAAGACGAAGAGCAAUUAUUCGAUGAGCAAUGAGAUGAAAUCACAAUGGAUUGUUUUUGGUAUUAAGUUUUUAAGAUGAUCGAAUUUUAUAUUCUUGUACUCACAGCUGUGAUUUACUCAUAUCAAGGGUCCACUUUCGAUGUUCUGGAUUAAUAAUUUAAUUGAUUGUAUGGUCUUGUAGUUUAUUUUCGACUUUCAAACAUGAAAUAACAGAGAUAGGAACCUAUUAGGUUGAAUUAUCAAAAAGUUUAACAGCAUUGAGCCAAAAAUUUUCAUGACUGCUGAAAAACAUUUAUUAAAGUGGAAUAUGUAUAGGCUAAUUUUGAGUAAAAGUCAUUGAAAUUGAAAUAAAAAUUUUUUUAAUA